UAUGCGAACAAAAGUUCACACUCUAUCCAUGCCAUUUAAGAUGACCAUUUUAUAAUCUGAACAUUCUGAAGAAUAAAGAAAUAAGUAAUAGGCUAGCAACUCAAAUUAUUCUAAGUUAAGACUAGAUGAUUUAAUAAUUGAUAAACCUUAAGAAUUCAGAAUAAAAACAAGUUCAGAUAUUAAAAUGUCAUUACUAUAAAAUCAUAAAAGAAAAUUAGCAUAACCUACAAACAUAGAAUGGAUGUAUAAUUACAAAUCUACAGCAAAAUUGCAUAAAUAAUCUAAAAUGAAUGAAUAUCUAAAGUCAGUUAUAGAAGAAAAUAAAUUAAGACCUACGAUUGGAUAAUUACCUUAUGUAAAAAUAUAAUAACUAACUCAAACUGACAUUAUAAAAGAGAAGUAUGAUUUUAGAAAGAAAAUAUUUUAAAAUCCAAGAAAAAUACGAUCUAAAUUGAAUUGA